AUGAAUCAUGUUAUUCCCAAUGAUGAGGUUGAACCAAUAGAAGUAGUUGCUGCACCUGAUGAUGAUGAGAGACAGUAUCCUGAGUUUGUUGACAAGUGGGAUAUGCUAGAAUUUGAGGACUAUGAUGGAGACAUUUUCACAGGGGCACAAUUUGAAGAGACCGAUGAAGAGGAGGAGGAGGAAAACAUAGCUAUGGGGGUGGAUGAGCAAGGAGAGGGUGAUGAUGUACCAAGAAAUGGUUAUGACAGAGAUAAUCCAUCCUUAAAAGAAGGCAGCAUAUUUGCAUCGAUGAUCGAAUUUAGGAAUGCACUUGCUACCUAUUGCAUCAAAGGUGAGUAUGAUUAUGUAAUUGAAAAGAGUGAGCCAACAAGAAUGACUGUUCAUUGCGCAUUUGAGAGGUGUCAGUGGAGGAUACAUGCUUCCUGUAUGCGGAAUAGUACAAUUAUUCAGGUCAAAGUUAAUCCAUCUCCUCACACUUGUCCAAGUGAAAGAAAAGGGUCACAUAAGGUAGCUAAAAGUAGAUGGUGUGCAGAUGCAGUAUUAGAAUGGGUGACAGAUAACCCAUGCAUUGGUACAACUGAACUGGUAAAGAAGAUUAAAGAGAAGUACAACAUUUUGGUGCCUUACAUGAGAGUGUAUUAUGGCAAGAAAAUGGCUCUUGACAAGAUUUAUGGCCCAUGGAAGGAAAGCUUUAACUUAUUAUUCACUUUCAAAGCUGAAGUGGAGAAGGCGUGCCCAGUGAAUGUACAUUUGUCUUUUGAAUGUACAUUUGUCUUUUGA